AUGGUGAAGUCUCUGGUUAGAAGCAAGGAGUGUAACCCGCAUGAUGACCCUGGCGUUUAUUCUAUACAUCAGGCAACCUACGGCGUAAUCUUUUAUGGAACCUCACAUCGUGGAUUUCUAGUAGACGAUAUCCUUAGUGUGCUUGAUCCCGAAGAACAUUCUGACAAAGCCAAGCUUUUCAACUCGAUCAAUAAAAGCUCCGAUUUACUCCAUUCGGAGCUGGAGAGAUUUGUUGAUUUUGCAAUGCAACUACGUAUCAUCAGCUUCUACGAGCGAUUCAAAACUCGAAGACUAGUCCAGGGGAAAAACGGCUUUGCAAGGACUGGAGAAUACAUUACUACAGUCGAUACUGAUUCCGCACUACUUCAUCUUGGUGCAGCAGUCGAGAAGAAAAUACCAGUUGAUGCAGAUCAUACUGAGAUCGUCAAGUUCAAGAAUAGGCAGAACCAAGCUUAUUCAAGUACAGCGGAGUUUGAAAGAGAUUUAAAAAUACGAACUUCGAUGUCAUCUGCUGUAAGGGAUUCUUCACCAUCGCUUGGGAUGCACUUUGCGGUAGCCUUGAAGCCCCAGAAAGAUGUGUAA